GGCUCGCCGGGCCGCGCGCGGCAGUCGCCGCGACGACACUCGACCGGCCGGACGCUGCGCCGCCGCCGCAGCCGCGCGAUGGGCUGACGCGCGGGCAUGUCGAGAGCAUGCGCCAGCGCCGCGCCAGCAGCCAGAGAGCGCACCGGCUGAAGCUGCGAAGGAUGCAGCGCUCGUCCUCGUCGGCCGGCCGGCGCCAGCCGCUCGCCACCGAGGCCGAGGGUGUCGCCGCCGACGGCGCGCCGGCGACGCUCGAGCGGCCGUCCUCAUCGGCGCCCUCGUCGUCGGCCGCCUCGUCAGCGGCUUCCUCGGCCGCCUCCUCGCCCGCCGGGCCCGAGGGCUCGAGCUACUACGAAGCCAUCGGCGGACGGGGUCUCUGCAGGGCCGCCGCCGCCGCCCUCCUCGAGAGCGACGGUAGGAACGGCCUCGUUGGCCAGAGGUACGAGCUCGAGGAGGAGGCCAACGGCAAGUCGAGGAAGCCCAGCGGGUACCCGUCCAGAGUGUCCACCAUCUCCAGAAACGCUUUCGGUCCGAAAUUGGGCUCGCAGGAGGCCUCGCUGUCGGCCUCGCGCGCGACCAUUUUCCCGGGCUCGGACGAGGCCGAGCUCGACAAGGGCGCCGAGUACAGCGACUGCGGCCCCGACGCCUCGGACUUCCUCGGCGCGGCGAGCACCAAGCCCGACGAGAACUUCCCCGACAACUUCGACUACGACACCCUGUACUUCAGAGACGGCCGUCGCAGGAUCGACAUGGUGCUGGUGUACCGCGAGGAGAACGAGGGCGUGAUGACCGAGACGGAGGCGCGCAACCGCGAGCAGCGCCGGAUCUUCGAGGCGAAUCUGCUGAAGGAGGGCCUGCAAAUGGAGCUGGAGCCGAAGGAGAACUCGUUCGAUGGUAAAACCUACUUUCUCAAGCUGCACAUACCGUGGAAGGUGAAGAUCCAGUACGCCGAGGUGAUGAAUCUGAAGCUGCCUUGCAAGCGAUUCAUCACCAUUUCGGUGAAGGCUUGGGACGAAGAGAAGGCCAAAGGCAAAGGUCAGAAGUGGAAGCAGUACCUGGGCCUGGCGAUCGAGACGUUUCGCAGCAUCCACAUCUGGGACACGAGCAAGUAUCCCGAGGAGCCGAGCUUCUACGCCAGCAUCGACCCGGGCGACCGCGAGGAGAGGUUCGUGGUGAAGGACCGCGACACGGCCUUCACGCCGGCGCAGCGCUCGCUCAUAGUCAUGCAGAUCCUGCUGCGCGCGCGCUACGACGAAGUGCACGAGAAGUCGGGCAUACGGCGACUGCUGGCCGACGGCACCUACGUCGACUGCUUCCCCCUGCACGAGGGCGUCUACAACAAGCCGACGCGCGACGGCCAGAUACUCGACCGCUAUCUGCUCUACCUCAUCUGGGCCCGACCCGGACAAUGGUACAAGAGGCAGCCGCUGUGGCUGAUACGCCGCUACUUCGGCGAGAAGGUGGCGCUGUACUUCGCCUGGCUAGGCUUCUACACGCGCGCUCUCUACCCGCCGGCGAUCGUCGGCCUGCUGUGCUUCUUCUACGGCCUCGGCAGCAUGCACGGCCCCGACAACGUGCCCAGCCACGAGAUCUGCGACUACCGAAUCGCAGGGAACAUCACUCUGUGCCCGCUGUGCGACAAGGCCUGCCCGUACACCAAGCUCGGCGACUCGUGCCUCUUCGCCAGACUGACCUACCUGUUCGACAACCCGUCCACCGUGUUCUUCGCCAUAUUCAUGUCGUUCUGGGCGACGACCUUCCUGGAGAUGUGGAAGCGGCGCCAAGCGGUUCUCGCCUGGGAGUGGGACCUUCAGCACGGCGACGGUGACGAGGAGCCGAGGCCGGAGUUCGAGACCAGCGUCAAGACCUUCCGCAUCAAUCCCGUGACGAGGGAGCGCGAGGCCUAUCUGCCCGUCUGGUCCAGAACCGUCAGAUACAUCGCCACCGGAUCCAUCGUGUUCUUCAUGAUCUGCGUGGUGCUCGGCGCGGUCCUCGGCACCAUCAUCUACCGCAUCUCCUUGGUGGCGGUGUUCCACGGCGGCGGUCACUUCCUCAAGCGCCACGCCAAGAUCUUCACCUCGCUCACCGCCGCCUUCAUCAAUCUCAUCAUCAUCAUGAUUCUGACGAGGAUAUACCAGAAGCUGGCCAGAUGGAUGGUUAACAUGGAGAACCCGCGCACGCAGACGGAGUACGAGGCCAGCUUCACCUUCAAGAUCUUCCUGUUCGAGUUCGUCAACUUUUACUCGUCCCUCAUCUACAUCGCCUUCUUCAAGGGCCGCUUCUACGUGCACCCGGGCGACCAGGAGUCGCGCUCGUCCGAGUUCUACCGCAUCAAGACGGACGUGUGCGACGCCUCGGGCUGCCUGUCCGAGGUGUGCAUCCAGCUGGCGAUCAUCAUGAUCGGCAAGCAGGUCUUCAACAACUUCGUGGAGAUACUAUCGCCGAAGAUGUGGAACUGGUGGCGCAAGCGCACCCACAAGGCCGCCACGAAGGACCAGUCGCGACCCUACACCAGCUGGGAGCAGGACUACCAGCUGCAGGACCCGGGCAGACUGGCGCUCUUCGACGAGUACCUCGAGAUGAUCAUCCAGUACGGCUUCGUCACGCUGUUCGUCGCGGCGUUCCCGCUGGCGCCGCUGUUCGCGCUGCUCAACAACAUCGCCGAGAUACGCCUGGACGCCUACAAGAUGGUGCGGGAGGCGCGCCGCCCGCUGGCCGAGCGCGUCGAGGACAUCGGCGCCUGGUACGGGAUACUCAAGGGCGUCACCUACGCCGCCGUCGUGUCCAACGCCUUCGUCAUAGCCUACACCUCGGACUUCAUACCGCGAACGGUCUACGCCUUCGUGUACUCGCCCACGGAGGACCUGGUCGGCUACAUCGACAGCUCGCUCUCGGAGUUCAACACGUCGCACUACACCGAGGAGAUGCGCAGUGCCGAGGACCGACGCACGCAACCGCCCAGCUGCCAGUACCGCGGCUACCGCAAUCCGCCGGGUAACGCCGAUCCCUAUGGCCUGAGCCCGCAGUACUGGCACGUGUUCGCUGCCAGGCUCGCCUUCGUCGUCGUCUUCGAGCACGUGGUGUUCGCGCUGACGGGAAUAAUGAGCUACGUGAUCCCGGAAACUCCGCGCUCAGUGGCCACGCAGCGGUCUCGUGAACGACUGCUCGCCCAGGAAGCCAAGUAUGAGAAGGGCGUGAAAGGUCGGGAAGACGAGGAUGAGCUGCUGUCGGUGCUGCGGGACGCUGGUCUGGCGGGUAGACCGGCCGGCAACCGACACAGCUGGGCAAGGCGGUUCAGCAAAUUGAGCGACGGCCUUGACGCUCACGUCGACAUAUCAGGCCCGAGGUGUACGAACAACAAAAACGCGGACGGCUCGACUAUGUGGGAAGUGACGUGAAACGGUUAGAGAACAAGUCGCGUGCACGCGCGUGUGAAGACUGUUCCGCUAUAGCUUUCUAACGAAAUGUCGAUUCGAUCUGCCGCGGGAGGAUACGUAGUCGUAUACUGAUCGGCAUCAAAGACAUAUAUGUGCGUUAUCAUUUCGUUCGAUAGCUAUAAAUCUUCGAUACCACGUAUACUUGGAAUCACACGUACUUUUUCCCCUUCGCUUAUCCGUUCCGGUUGUCCAGCACCUUAAUCAGUAUUAGCUAGAUACUUCCCGUAUCAUGCCACGUAAUUGUCUUUGGAUGAUACUUAGAGAUUGAAUAUUUUACGGCAAGGAUAUAUCGUACAAAAAACAGAAAUGAAACAUAAUCGAAAAAUACGGUGAUUGUAAAUAUACGGUGAAUGUUCAAUUGUUUUACUAUUUCUUUUUCGUAAAAUGUUUUAUCGUAAGGCGGUCGAUUGUUAAUUGUUAUAUUUUUGUACCGUAUUAUGUGCAAUGUAGAUGAAAAGCGUAUACUGUAAAAAUAAGAUAUACAUAAUGUUUUUCGUUAGAAAACGCUUGUUGUUGCGAUAUAAGAAGUUGGUUGGUAGAAGAGAACUCCUUUUUAAAAAAAAAUGUGAAGGCUAAACACGAUUACUACACAAUAUACUCUUUAUUUAUUUCACAUAUCUUAAUAAUUCCUUUCUCAGCUAUCGACAGAGCAUAUUUAUAACAAUAUACACGUACAUAAUUCCUUGGUUGCUGCGCUAUUCGAGAGACGAAAAAAAAAAAAAACAACAAAAUCAUACAGAAACCAAGUGUGCGCCAGCAGCGGGAAGGUAAAAAUUGUUAAAUUCACAAUUAUAGGUUUCAUUUUUGUAAAUAAACGAAAUACAAACAUUGUAAAAGAUAUAGAGAUUGAAAAGGUGGGGGGAGAGGAGACAGGGAGGGUAGUUGAACAAAUAUGGAUGGUGUAAAAAUAAAAAUGAGACGGCGAACGAACGGUGUUUCACCAGCUCUCUCCUUACGUUACUAAAAACGUCUAAUUACAUACAACACACGUACACGCGGCCACAGUCGGCCAUUUAGUCAUUAAUAGUGUAUCACAGUUCGGUUUGGAAAGAUAUAGAAUGAAAAGUAGACAAAGGGAUAAAAAGCAUAAAAAGGAGAAGGAAUGGAGGGGGUACUCUCUCGAUCAGUAAAAAGUUGUCUAAAAAUAUACUGUACAAUAUCGGCAUUACCUUUUUUUGUUUGCUUGUUGGGAUACUUUUUUUUUUUAAAGUCAAAACGAAACAAAAGUAGGAAGAAUAAGGAGGGAUACGCUACGACACAGAUUGUUUUGUUGGAAUGUAGCAAAAAACCGAGCAGCAGCAGCAUCAGGCAGACAGUCUCCCUCUCUACGUAUCGUGAAGAUUAGCUCGAACCUGGUGGUGGUGGAGCACUAAAGUUGAACAUUGUACUGGACGAGCGACCGGGUAUUUGUGGCUUUGGUGGUAAUCUUGGUGUCACUGAUCCUAAAAACCGAUAAACAAUAAACGUUGAUUCUUCAAACUACUAAUAUAAAAGAAAUGUUCUUUUUGCAACCGUAGCUACUCCAAUCCUCACUUGAGAUGUAAUCGUUAUUGAUUGUUACUUUAUAAAUUCAAUAGCUCUACUUUGUGCAUUUUAACAAACAUAAAGUUGUAACUAAAAGUCAUCCAUAAAAACAUUUUUAUUGUGAAAAAUAUUUCUUAGUAUCAUUGAACUCAAAACAUCCCGUAAAACGGUGUAAGAAUAUCUAUU